GUAGGACAGUUUGUAACCGCCGUUGGCGCGAAACGGUCGCGGCGGCCAUCUUGGAAAACAAUACGUAGCGUGAAAUUGUUUUUUUUUUUAAUAAGGGGCAAGGGUUGUGUUUUCAGUUUAAAAGUGUUGGUUUAAGGUUUUUUUAAGUGUGUGUGAGUGAUUUUAAAAGGAAUUUGAAAUGAUAAAAUGCAGCAAAUUAAGCUGAAAUCUGGAUACAACAGGAACUACACAUCCUUAUAGUGAUAAAAACAGACAUUUGAAACACUCUAGUCAAGAAAGAAAAUGGAGUCGUCAACGCCAACAAGAAGACUUAAUUCGUCAUCAGAACGUGAUGAAGUGGAGAUGGGUGAUGUAAGAAAAAACGGGAAAAAUGGAGACACUAUAACCCAUGACUACCUAGACUACGAGCCGUCUGGCUGGCUGGAGAAGACCCUGACGAGGGUCGGCAGCUCAACAGACCAGUUCAUCUCCAAGAACCGCUCCGCAAUGAAGACCAUCACUCUGUUUAUCCUUAACGGACUCGUCAUAGGAUUCUUCUUUGGAUGCCUGUAUUAUUAUUUGAAUUAUAGUAAUGAUCCCCUAGAGCUGUGCUACGGCUUCGGAAGUCUAAUAGCCUUCCUUAGCAUAAUAUAUUUCUUUGUAAUUUACUUUAAUUUCGUGAAGAAGUUCUUUGGGAAUUGGUUUGAGAAGAAUGUUUGGACAAAAGUUGAAGACAUCGCUGAUAUGUUAUGGGCUAAGAUUUGGUUCCGCUGGUGCCUCAUCCUGGCCAUCCUGGCUGCUAUCGCCGUGUACCUCUACAUCGACGCUAAGGACGACCCGGAGAGGCUCAUAGCUCUGCUCGGCCUUGGUCUCCUACUGCUGUUAGGUUUUGUGUUCUCCGCGAACCCGGGUCGUGUGAACUGGCGCACCGUGUCCACCGGGCUGCUGAUCCAGUUCAUCUUUGGGAUUAUCUUCAUCCGCUGGACUCCUGGCAGGAUCGCGCUCCAGUGCUUCUCCGAUAAGGUAGCUACGUUCCUCUCGUAUGGUGUGGAAGGUGCAGCCUUCGCCUUCGGAGACCUGCUCGUCAAGACCGAGGGAGUCUUUGCAUUCAGUACGCUACCCGUCAUGUUCUUCUUCAGCAUGUUGGUGGAGAUCCUGUUCUUCUGGGGCGCGCUGCAGUGGUUCUGCCUGAAGCUGGGGCUGGUGCUGCGAGCGGCUACCGACACCACAGUCUGCGAGAGUGUCAUAGCUGUUGGGAAUGUGUUUCUAGGGAUGACGGAAUCAGUUCUCCUGGUGAAGCCGUACCUCGCUCUGCAAACUCCAUCAGAGCUACACGUCAUCAUGUCCUCUGGGUUCGCCACUGUAUCUGGUACGAUCCUGGCUUCCUACAUCGGUUUUGGCGCGGAGCCGAGUCACCUGGUGACGGCGAGCGUCAUGUCCGCUCCUGCUGCUGUCUGCUACGCCAAGCUGCUCAUGCCGGAGACCAAGCGAUCACUGACCACCGUCGAUAAUAUACAGCCAGUACAGAGUGAAGAUCAGUCGACACUCUCAGCGGCCACGAGAGGCGCAGCCAACGGUAUAUCCAUGAUAAUGAAUGUGAUAGCCAAUAUCGUGGCCUUCGUGGCGUUCAUAGCCUUCGUGAACGGUUUCCUGGGCUACUGCGGAGGACUGCUCGGCAACCCAGACUUGAAUUUGGAGUGGAUCUUUGGAAAAGUAUUCAUUCCUUUGGCUUGGGUUAUGGGUGUACCUUGGGAGGAGUGUGAGCUGGUGGGGACCCUGAUAGGCUUGAAGACAGUCGUCAACGAGUUCGUGGCGUACCAGAGAAUGGGAGAGAUGAAGAAGGCUGGUCUUCUAUCGCCUAGAGCAGAGCUGAUAGCGACGUACUCUCUGUGCGGCUUCACGAACCCGGCGUCUGCGGGCAUAAUGAUCGGGGCCAUGGCCGCCGUCGCGCCCAACCAGAGGGAGGUCCUAGCCAGUAUAGCUGUGAGAGCGUUUUUCGCUGGCUGUGGGAUAUGUUUCAUGACAGCAUGUAUAGCGGGUAUACUAAUGCCCGAAAGUGCCUUUGGAUAACAUAAAAAGUGAUAUUAAAUAAAUUAAUUAGGUACUUAAUUUUA